AUGCCGGACGCUGGCGCGACUUCAGCCCAAGAAGAUGGACCGUUGCUCCUAUCUAAUACCGAGAAGCGAGUCCUGGAGCUUUACGAUCAACUUCGCGAUUUACAACUUCAGAUUGCCUUGAUGAAGGCACAGCAGGAUUACGACGAACCCCAGCAUGAAGUCUCAGAAGACGAUGUCAAGCAAGCGCAGGAUGAGCUGCUUGAGUCCAGCGCAAACUACAACUUGCGCAAUGGCGUCUUGGACAGUGUGAUGAUCGCCAAUCCCAUUCUCAAGGCGGUUCAUAACAGCACGCAUGCUUCUCCGAUCGACCGCGAUCUUCUCCCCCUAGUCGAGGAGCGUGACUUGGCUUCUGUAUCAGUCGCUCAGCUGUCCACAGAACUGCGAGGAGUGCUGGAUCGAAUCACGGAAGUUGAAAGUGAAAGUCUGCGUGUCAGCCGCAAGAACGUCGAGUUGGCAUCAGAGGUGCUUCGGCUGGCCGAGGAAGCAAAUCGAGAAAAGGAGGACGCCAUCGAGGAUCAGCACGCAAAAGCAGAGAUCGAGCGUCUGGAGCGGGAGCUCAAGGUGAGCCGGCAACGGUGGAAGGUCAUGAAGGGAACCGCGAGUGCUGUAAUUGCGGGCAGCGGCGUCGACUGGGCGAGCGAUGCUGAGCUGCGAGAGAUGGUCUUGGAUCCCGAGUAA